AAAUAUCGAUUUAUUAAUUAAUUUGUUUUCUGACAGGAAAAGUUGUUCAAAGAGUGUUUUCUUGAUUAAUACACCAUGUGGCCUGAUGGACAAAUGGAAGAAGACUUCCUCGAUUUGGCAUUUUUAAAUAUUUGCCGUCUUCAACAGAAACGGCAAGAAUCGAGGCGAGUACGGCGCUGGGCGGUUCAUCCAGUAAAUGGGGAUCGGAAAUUGAAUGGAUACUUUAGGAAAGUGUUCUGGAAAUGCAAAUCCCACGACAGCAAGAUUUUUCGUUUAACCAGGAUGAACCGCCCGGUUUACGAUUUAUUCCAAACGUUGCUAAAUCCGUUUCUGGAAAGACCCAAGAAACAAAUCUCUCCAGAAGAGCGCCUUGCGAUAACACUGAUGUACCUCGCACAUGGAACGUCGUUCGAAAUCGUCGCUUCAAUGCACAAGAUGGGAAAAACAACUGUUCGGAAUAUUGUGUUAGAGACCUGCGAGAUUAUAUGGACCACUUUGUCUCCAGUAUAUCUCAGCGAACCCACUUUGGCGCAAUAUAAAGACAUUGCGGACGACUUUUCCAGAAUGUGGAAUAUGCCAAAUUGUGUAGGAGCCAUUGACGGGAAACACAUAGCCAUCACUUGUCCGAAGAAUUCUGGCUCGCUGUACUUUAAUUAUAAAAAAUUGUAUAGUAUAGUUUUAAUGGCUACCUGCGAUGCCAAGUACACAUUUACAUCCGCUAGCAUUGGAAGCUUCGGAGGACAAAGUGAUGGAGGUGUUUUCCAGCAAACAGCAUUUGGACGGGCGCUGCUGAGCAAUAGUUUGCCACUACCACCAAAAACGCCGUUAUGGAGAGGAUCGACGGAAGAAUUUCCACAUUUUUUUGUCGCCGACGCGGCAUUCCCACUGAAGGAAAAUUUAAUGCGGCCAUACCCUGGCGUACAACUAACUCGCAGCAAAAUAGUCUUUAAUUACCGAUUGUCGCGAGCUCGUCGGGUAAUUGAAAAUAGCUUCGGGAUUUUAACUGCUCGCUGGCGUGUCCUUCGAAAAGUCAUCGAUUGUAGUCCGGAGAACUGCGAAAAGAUCGUUUUAGCGUGCUUGGUUUUGCACAACUUUGUAAUGCUAAACGAUCUAAAACGAUGGUACUGUCCAGAAAAUUUCGUAGACACAGAUGACCCAGAACAAGUGACAACAAAUGGAGAAUGGCGCCGUGAUCUGGAGGAUCUGGGUGGUCCAUUGACCUCGAUAACGUCAAAUCGACUGGGUAAGAAAUUGCGUUGA